GCAAGCCAGAAGAGAGCAAAUGGCGAGGCAACAGAGCAGUGCCAUGUUGAAUAGGCAAGUGAAGAAUGGAUGGUUUAACGAGUAGCCUGUCUGUCAAAGUAGAGGCUUAAGGUCGGCAUUUGGAGUUGGAGGUUUUGGGGAAGGCAACAGGUGCGGAAGGGUAGUCGCUGACUCGGGUCAAACAGAAUGGGCUGGUCUGCCAUUUGAGCAGCAAAAUCAGUACCAACGCCAAUCUGGGUCGGGUAUGCGGGUUGGUCACAUUGGUGGAUCUGGUAACGGUGGCGUUGUGAAGAAGAGGGAGUGUGCUGGCACUGGCGCUUUUCUGCCUAGGAGAUAUUGUAGCCAGAAUCCUACUGGUUCUCGCAAGAAACCAGGGUGUUCCACUGCUUGGCUUCCUGCUAGGGUUGUUGAGUCUUUGAAUAAGAACAUUGAUGGCUUAAAUGGCAUUCCUUCUCAACCCCAGCACCAGCCUCAGCCUCAUGCUCAUCUUCAACCACCGCGGUUCAAUGCUGGAUCUGUUUCCGAAUAUGAAAUAUUAAUGGCUAGGAGAAAUGCAUUGCUUGCACAGCAUAGGAGAAAUCUACAACAAGAAGGAACAAUGAAUCUUGAAGUACGCCUUCCUCAGGAAUGGACGUACUGACGUUCUUUAUUAUUAGCUUUAAUGGUUUAUCAGGAAAUGGUCUUUAGGUUAAUAUCCUUUUGGUUUUAGGAAGGAUUGCAAGUAGAAUAAUAGAUAGUCCAGUGAUAGGAUAUCCAAAGUUAGUUUUGUGGAGAACAAAAUGUCUGAAUUACAAGGAAAUGGUUCCUGGUAAUCAGAAGGAAGGCAAUAAGUGAUGUUUAAUUUUCUUUAAGCUUAGUCUAUUAGAAUAUGAAGUGUUAAUGACGAUUAUGUCCUUAGGCGUAUUUUAUUUUGGGUGCCUGAUAAAGAAGAUCAAGCACCACAUAGGGGGUAGAACAGGGGAGUUUCCCUCCAUUUUUGUUUGUAUAAUAAGUGGAA